AUGGCAUGGCAGGUGUUUGGUGUGAUAGAGACGGAUGCAGAACGCACAGGUGGGGAGGGUAAAACGGGAGAGGGCAGCGAAGCAGAGGGGCCAGACGCGAAGAGAGUGAAGCUGGAAGGGGGCGUGGCAGCAGCAGGGGCGACGGCGAAUGGGGGCUCGCCAGGUGGCAAGAGGAAGCUGUUUGUGGGCAGCAAUGCUCUUGGAUACAGACGAGACUUCAUGGAGGUGGUGCCGUCUGUGUCCAAUGGCCUUCUCUCGGACUGGGAAGGAGUUGCUGCUAUUUGGGAGCAUGCACUGAAGGAUCGCCUACUGGUAGAUCCCAAGGAGCAUGCAGUGCUGCUAGCUGAACCGUCCUUCAACCCACCAGCAGCGCGUGAGAAGACCGUGCAGCUCAUGUUCGAAACCCUCGGGUCCCCGGCGGUGUUCCUGGCCCGUAACGCCGUUUUGACGUCCUUUUCCUGUGGGAAAGCCACCUCGCUUGUGGUUGACAGCGGCUUUUCAUCCUCAACAGUUGCAGCAGUGCACGAUGGAUACGUGCUGCAAAAGUCUCUCCGUCGCUCGCCUGUGGCCGGGGAUGCACUCACAGAGUUCCUCUCGUCUCCCUGCUUGCCAACUUCCUCUCUACCCGUUUCCACCCGUCUCCACUCCUCCCCACACAUCUCCUCCGUCCCCUCCUUUCCCUCCCCUCAGUCCCUCCGUCGCUCACCUGUGGCUGGGGAUGCACUCACAGAGUUUCUGCUACGAUCCGUGGGCAGGCAAAAGUUAGUGGACCAAGCCAACCCACACACCACGGACAGCUACCGCCUGUACAUGCAGAAGGCGACCGCAGCAGAUAUGAAGGAGACGUUGUGUAUCUCAUGCUGCCUCAGCCGCUCCCUUGCUCCGUCUCCUUCCCUCUGCCUCUCUCCCUGUCCACCCCAUCUCCUCUCAGUUAGUGGACCAGGCCUACCCCCACACCACGGACAGCUACCGCCUGUACAUGCAGAAGGCGACCGUCUGUGCCACGUGCCCAGUGCCUCUCCUCCCUCCCCAAUUUGUCUCUCCCACGUUCUAACCUUACAGCUAGUGGACCAAGCCUAUCCCAACACCACGGACAGCUACCGCCUGUACAUGCAGAAGGCGACCGCAGCAGAUAUGAAGGAGACCGUGUGCCGCGUGCCCGAUGCUCCUUACGAUGUGCCCACCUGCCCUCAGUGUACCAUCGCCAGCAAAUCAAUUGCUUCAGCCGACCCGUCCAGUGGCGGAUGGACAGCAGAGGCCAUUGCUGAUGCUGCCAAGUCACCAGGGAUAGCGAGAAUGGUGGUUGACAGCAUCAGCAAGUGCGAUGUGGAUAUUCGCAAGGACCUCUACAGCUCUGUGCUGGUGAGAGGCAAACAUUUCUUCGACUCAAACUUCACCUCUGGAGGCACGAUGGCCAUGCAGCAGAUCAAGGAGCGCCUGGAGAAAGAGCUCAUGGCGGUGAGUCACCACAAUCAAAGCACCCCACCACCCCCUCCCCCCUCUUUUUGA